GCACCCCUGGGGAAGGUAUAAAUGCCACCUCCCGCCAGCUAGGCUUCACGGGCACUCGCGGGGGCUGGUGUCACUGGUCAUUCCUGCACAGGACAGUCCACCAUGGCCUCAGACCACCAGACCCAGGCGGGCAAGCCGCAGUCCCUCAACCCCAAGAUUAUCAUCUUUGAGCAAGAGAACUUCCAGGGCCACUCACACGAGCUCAACGGGCCCUGCCCCAACCUGAAGGAGACUGGUGUGGAGAAGGCAGGCUCCGUCCUGGUGCAGGCAGGCCCCUGGGUGGGCUACGAACAGGCCAACUGCAAGGGCGAGCAGUUUGUGUUUGAGAAGGGUGAGUACCCCCGCUGGGACUCGUGGACCAGCAGCCGGAGGACAGACGCCCUCAGCUCCCUGAGGCCCAUCAAAGUGGACAGCCAAGAGCACAAGAUCAUCCUCUAUGAAAACCCCAACUUUACGGGGAAGAAGAUGGAAAUCAUAGAUGAUGAUGUGCCCAGUUUCCACGCCCACGGCUACCAGGAAAAGGUGUCGUCUGUGCGGGUGCAGAGCGGCACGUGGGUUGGCUACCAGUACCCGGGGUACCGCGGGCUGCAGUACCUGCUGGAGAAGGGAGACUACAAGGACAGCAGCGACUUCGGGGCCCCCUACCCCCAGGUGCAGUCUGUACGCCGCAUCCGCGACAUGCAGUGGCACCAGCGGGGUGCCUUCCACCCCUCCAACUAGCACCCUCCCCUCACCCCUCCUUCCAGGGUCCCAGUUGGCUGCUGGGAUCCCGCCAUACUCCUGACGAGUGAAUAAAGUGUGACUUGCAAAUUG